AUGGCGCGCCUCAGUCGUCGCCUCGCCAUCGCACUCCUCGUUUUGCUCGGAGCCGCUGCUGAACUCCCCGCCAAUGCCGCUCAGCCAUUCUGCUCCUGCGGCGGCUACUACUUUUCCUGCCCACCCUGCAAUGAAAUGAACGCCAUGGUGAUGGCGCAGUUUGUUCCCUGCGGUCUGCUGGACUAUUUCGACGGCUCCGGCGCUUUCAGCCCCUCCUACUGUUCCAUCGGUGGCGUCUCUUGCGACAGAAACGGCUUCAUUACCACGCUAGACCUGGGAAACCGCUCUCUCACCGGCUGCUCCAUUCCAAACAGCAUCACCAAGCUCACGGAGCUCACCAAACUCGAACUCUGGGGUAAUCAGCUCGCUGGCAGUAUUCCUUCUGGGAUUUCUCAGCUGAAGCGACUCCAGUAUCUUGGGUUGGCCUACAAUCAGCUCACCGGCAGCAUCCCCUCGGAGCUUUCAAGACUCCCAAACCUAAGAACUCUCAACUUGAAAGGCAACCAACUGUCUGGGCCACUUCCAGCCUUCUUGGGGAGUUUUUUUCAUUCAAACGUGAAUAUUGACUGGGAUAGCUUCGUAUGCCCUCCCAACAAGGGCACCUGCGAAGUAAGGCAAUGGAAAAACUCGCCUUUUUGUACCAAGUGCGGGGGCUUCUGUUCCACGUGCACCCCUUCCUAUAUGUCAUCUGCUGGAGGGUUCAACAGCGUGGAGGAUAUGGACCAAGGAGAAGUCGCAGCCAUUGUGGUUGCCUCUGUGGUCUUCGUGCCUCUGCUGCUGCUGAUCGUGUACCUGACUUACAUCCGCGCGAAGGAGCAGAGGGAGAAGGAGAGGCGGGAGAAGGAGAGCAAGGAAGAGGGAGAGGCGGAGAGGAUGGAAGGCGGAGGCAGUGAGGGGGAGAGGGAGGAGGGGGGAGAGGCGAAGGCUGCUGCUGUGGAGAGUGCUCGCAAGGCCAUCUACAACGCGGAUGCAGAUCAGAUAAACCUCAAGCAGUGGGUGGCUCCGCUUGUGGCAGCGGGCGAUGCGGGCGCGCUCAAGGACCCGCAGCUGGAGGCGCCGGACGACUUGGUGCUGCGCAUGGCCCGCCUCGCCCUGCGCUGCACCGCCAUGCCCACCGCCUCGCGCCCCUCCAUCAGUCGCGUGCUCGGCGAGCUGCUUGUCAUGAAGGAGGAGUUUCUAGGGAAAGACGAGGACAGGAUGGCGCACCCUCGACCCGCCAAUGCGCAGUUCUACGACUACAACUCGAACUGUCUUUGCCCUGACGACGGAUCCCCCUGGCUCGCGAGUUAUGACUGCUAUUGCAACACGACUGCCUACGACGCGACGCAAGCCAAGGUGAUGGCGGAGUUCGCCCGGUGCAGCGAGUCAGAGUCCUUAAAGCCGUCGUACUGCUCCGUGCGAGGCGUUGACUGCGACGACCGCGGCAUGGUCAACGCGCUAGACCUCGGCAGUCGCUUUCUUGUCGGCUGCAGCAUCCCCUACAGCAUCAGCAAGCUCACUGCGCUCUCCAAACUGUACGACUCCCUCACACCACCACCACCACCCCUUGUCCCUCACACCACCACCACCACCCCUUGUCCCUCACACCACCACCACCACCCCUUGUCCCUCACACCACCACCACCACCCCUUGUCCCUCACACCACCACCACCACCCCUUGUCCCUCACACCACCACCACCACCCCUUGUCCCUCACACCACCACCACCACCCCUUGUCCCUCACACCACCACCACCACCCCUUGUCCCUCACACCACCACCACCACCCCUUGUCCCUCACACCACCACCACCACCCCUUGUCCCUCACACCACCACCACCACCCCUUGUCCCUCACACCACCACCACCACCCCUUGUCCCUCACACCACCACCACCACCCCUUGUCCCUCACACCACCACCACCACCCCUUGUCCCUCACACCACCACCACCACCCCUUGUCCCUCACACCACCACCACCACCCCUUGUCCCUCACACCACCACCACCACCCCUUGUCCCUCACACCACCACCACCACCCCUUGUCCCUCACACCACCACCACCACCCCUUGUCCCUCACACCACCACCACCACCCCUUGUCCCUCACACCACCACCACCACCCCUUGUCCCUCACACCACCACCACCACCCCUUGUCCCUCACACCACCACCACCACCCCUUGUCCCUCACACCACCACCACCACCCCUUGUCCCUCACACCACCACCACCACCCCUUGUCCCUCACACCACCACCACCACCCCUUGUCCCUCACACCACCACCACCACCCCUUGUCCCUCACACCACCACCACCCCUUCCCGCUGCACAUCUCCACAAGUGCCUUUGGGGGUGUUUGCAUCUCUUUUAUCUAAGCGAUGCCUGCUGCUGCUGUUCGGCCAUGGCAGGUCCCUGGCGAACAACAAGCUCAUGGGGACUAUACCGGAUUCUAUCUCCACCCUCACCUCGUUAA